CGCGUUCGCUCAAGUCUUGUACAUUAGUACUUUUAGUACUCGGUGACCAGGUCUACAUCGCCUACUACCCGGCGCGCUUGUGACACGUCGUUGUUUGUACUAUUCCUCUCAUCUACUGAGACGCGACGAUGGUUGGCCCGACAAAUUCCACACGACAAAAUCAGCUAACAGCGCGCACACGCACCAAGCCGAAUGUAAGCUCGGAACCUGCCGCGAAAAGGCGCAAGCUUGGCCCAACCAACUCCCAGAAAACGCAAGAUUCGUCCUUCGCAGAUGUGUUAGAACAGCUGAGUCAGGACAGAGCACAUGACGGUGUCGCUGCUGAGGGUGGGGCUGAUAGCUGGGCCCGCCCGAAUCUUCCCUCCAUUAAUGAGAAGCGAAAUAGCAUCAUAUUUCAGCAAAUCGAUGUCGACGAAGCAACGGACUACAGCAAUGGGUCUAUCGUAUUGAGGCUGUUUGGCGUGACAGAGGACGGAAAUAGCGUACUCGCAUAUGUCACUGGUUUCCUUCCUUACUUCUAUGUCGCCGUCCCUCGCGGCUUUGAUGAGUCAGAUAUUGACGCAUUUGCAGAUCAGUUAAACAAACAGGCUCAAGGCAACUUCGUGAGGCAGAUAGAGAUUGUCAAGCGGCGCAGCCUUUGGGGUUAUCGUGGAGAUGACUGGGUUCUUUUCAUGAAACUUACAAUAUCCGAACCGAGGAAUCUCCCGAAAAUUCGAGGCUUGUUUGAGAGGGGCGAGUGCGGGUUUCGAGACCUUUUCCCCACCGGACAACCUUGUUCAACAUUCGAGAGUAACAUUGCGUACACCCUGCGUUUCAUGAUCGAUACCAAGGUUGUAGGCAUGAACUGGAUUGAGAUUCCUGCCGGUCAAUACAAACUUGUGUCCGAAAAAGACAAGAAAUCCACAUGUCAGAUUGAGCUUAAAGUCAGGUGGGAUGCCUUCAUCUCGCACCCACCGGAAGAAAACUGGCAAAAGUUUGCACCUCUUCGUAUACUGAGCUUCGAUAUUGAGUGUGCUGGCCGGAAGGGCAUAUUCCCCGAGGCACAGGUUGAUCCAGUCAUCCAAAUUGCUAACAUGGUGACGAGGCAAGGCGAGACCAAGCCGUUCAUUCGCAAUAUUUUCACCUUGAAUACAUGUUCACACAUCGUCGGCUCACAAGUGAUGUCGUUUGACGACGAGGCUGAGAUGCUGCAGGCCUGGCGAGACUUUAUUGAAGAGGUUGACCCAGAUCUUGUCAUUGGGUACAAUAUUGCAAACUUCGAUUUUCCAUAUCUCAUGGAUCGAGCAAAGCAUCUCAAGGCAAAUAAGUUCCCUUUUCUUGGUCGCAUGAAAGGUUCCAAAACUCAAACGAAGGAAACGCAUUUCUCUUCGAAGGCAUACGGGCAGCGUGAUUCCAAAGAUACAGAGCUAGAAGGUCGACUACAACUCGACGUCUUGCAAUUCAUGCAACGUGAACACAAGCUACGUAGUUAUACCCUCAACUCUGUUUGCGCACAAUUCCUUGGUGAGCAAAAGGAGGAUGUGCACCACUCCGUUAUCACGGAGUUGCAGAAUGGUACUCCGGAGUCCAGACGUCGGCUGGCCGUCUACUGUUUGAAGGAUGCAUAUCUCCCCCAGCGCCUGAUGGACAAGCUUAUGUGCUUCGUCAACUACACUGAGAUGGCACGUGUUACAGGCGUUCCCUUUAACUACCUCCUUUCUCGUGGCCAGUCUAUCAAGGUGCUUUCCCAGCUAUUUCGUAAAGCCAACGAAGAGGGAUAUGUCAUUCCUGUUUUGAAGGGCGAGGGCUCGGAUGAGCAGUACGAAGGUGCCACUGUCAUCGAGCCGAAGAAAGGCUACUACGAUACACCGAUUGCAACUCUUGAUUUCAGCUCAUUGUAUCCGUCUAUCAUGAUGGCACAUAAUUUGUGUUAUACGACGCUCCUCGAAAAGAGUACCAUUGAUCGCUUGCAGCUUGCCAAGGACGUAGACUAUAUCCAAACCCCCAAUAACGAUUUCUUCGCUACUACGGCAAAACGAAAGGGUCUACUACCUACUGUCUUAGAAGAUUUGAUCUCUGCUCGUAAGCGUGCGAAGGCAGAUCUCAAGAAGGAGACCGAUCCAUCCAAGCGUGCAGUCUUGGACGGUCGUCAGCUUGCCUUGAAGAUCAGUGCCAACUCUGUCUAUGGAUUCACUGGUGCGACGAUUGGAAAAUUGCCCUGCCUUCCGAUCUCCUCCAGUGUGACAGCAUAUGGGCGUCAGAUGAUCGAGAAGACUAAGCAGGAAGUCGAAGCAGAGUUCUCCAUCAAUAAUGGACACGCUCAUAAUGCCGAAGUGAUUUAUGGUGACACUGACUCUGUCAUGGUCAAGUUUGGGCCUGCGGAGUUGGAAAAGGUCAUGGCUCUUGGAGCAGAGGCGGCGGAUUUUGUGACGGCAAAAUUUAUCAGACCUAUCAAGCUUGAGUUCGAGAAAGUUUAUUACCCGUAUCUUCUCAUCAGCAAGAAGCGGUACGCUGGACUUUACUGGACAAAGCCAGACAAAUGGGACAAGAUGGACUCAAAGGGGAUCGAAACGGUCCGGAGAGACAACUGUCGGCUAGUAUCGACAGUCAUUGAGACUUGCCUACAUAAGAUGUUGAUCGAUCGAGACGUCAGAGGAGCUGAGGAGUAUACAAAACGCAUCAUAUCCGAUCUUCUGCAGAAUAAAGUGGAUAUGUCCCAACUGGUGAUUACAAAGGCUCUGGCCAAAGCAGACUAUGCUGCGAAGCAAGCGCAUGUGGAGUUAGCAGAGCGCAUGCGGCAACGUGACGCAGGUUCUGCACCGGCCUUGGGUGACCGUGUCGCCUACGUUAUUGUUAAGGGGAUUAAAGGUGCUGCUGCGUACGAAAAAUCCGAGGAUCCUCUUUAUGUAUUGGAGAAUAACAUUCCUAUCGAUACUAAAUACUACCUCGAAAACCAGCUCUCGAAUCCUCUUAUGAGAAUUUUUGAACCCAUCCUGGGUGAGAAGGCAGCAUCGCUAUUAUCUGGCGCGCACACCCGGACAAUCCAGAUCGCAACACCAACAGUCGGAGGUUUGAUGAAGUUCGCAGUGAAGACGGUAACAUGCCUUGGCUGCAAAACUCCACUGCGGUCGAAUAACAGCGUAACAAAUGGCGCCGUAUGCAAUAACUGUCGACCAAAGAUGGGAGAAUUAUAUCAAAAGCAAAUCACCAGCGCAUCGCAACUGCAAGUGCGGUUCUCGCGACUGUGGACGCAAUGCCAACGUUGUCAGGGCUCUUUGCAUCAAGAUGUGCUAUGUUCUAGCAAGGACUGUCCGAUAUUUUACAUGCGAAAGAAGGCGCAAAAGGAUGUAGAAGAUGCGAAUUCUGUCCUCGAGCGAUUUGAUGCAGAUCUAUGGUAGUUCAUAUCGAUGUAUCGUUAUUUCUCGUUUCGCUUGGUUUCUCUGCACUCUUGUAUCAUUAAUCACGUAAAAAUAUUUCCCUCCAAUGUGGUAUAGCCUGAUAUCUAAGGCGGUU